AAUUUGACGCUUUGCGCAAAAAAUGGUCGCUCCCAGGGUUUGUUACCGAUGAGUGGAAACGGAACGAUUUUCCACGAAAUUUGCGUCAAAAAGUGAAACAAGAUGACAGCCAUUCGUCACACACUCCAGCGGGAUGUAUUUCUGCCCAACGAUGAGAGGCUCAUUGGAUUUGUACACGUCACCAAGACGGGCAAGAAAAAGAAAGUCAGCUUUCUCUGUGCCACAGUGACAACUGACGUGCCAGCUCAAGUUUCAGUUCACAAAGUGAAGAAGGUGGAUAAGGAUACAUACAAGAAGCGACAAUCCUGGAACCUGGCCGAGCUGAGAGAAGUGGACGGCAAAGAUUCUUGUAUUGACAUUCCAGACUUUGAUUUGCAUUUUGAUAAGUGCUACAAGUGGAUAGCCAGCAACCCUGCAGAGAAGAACUCCUUCAUUGAAACGUUAUGGAAACUCACACAGCGAUACCUGAAACAGCUCAAGAAACCAGACUUUGUGAAUAUUAAUGAGUCACUUCUCGAGGAGUUUACCCCCGUUGGUGAUCAGUCUCGAGUCCAGCAUGCCGAGGAUGAUUUAGGUACUGGAGAUGACUAUCAGGUCCUAGCUGCCAGGGAGGAAGCGGACUUGGAGCGUAUGAUGGCAGAGUGUGAGUUUGCUAUCGGGAACGCUGAGGCGUUUGUUGAACGACUGGCCAAUGAUCUAUCGGUCCUAGAUGGGGCCAACAUUCAUUCCAUCAUCGAGUCCCAGCAGGAGGUUGCACGUCUCAUGCAUGUCCUGGAUGAAUCCCUCCUUGAAGUCAAUAAACUGGAGAACAAUCUGGAUGAGUAUGAUCGCAUGCUGGAGGGUGUUCGAGUCCACAUGGAAAUCAUGGAGCAGAAGGAUUCCAUGAUCCAGAUACAGAGCCAGAAUCACUCCAAACUGAUUGACCAACUCCGCAACAUCAUCGGCCAGCUAGACAUGCCUCAUCAUUAUAAGAUGGCAAUUAUAGAUAGUGACUUGGGCACACCCAAAGGAAUCUUGGAUUGUACGGAUGCUACACAGUGUCUGCAGGAGAAAAUGGAGGCGGAAAUACAUCCAGGUUUGAAUAAACUUCGGGCGAUAAUUGAUCAGAAGGAUCUACUGACAAAUCUCCAGGAGAAGUUUGCUCAGCGACUAGCCAUUCAUCUCAACAAUAUCUUUGUGCAACAGGGCAGCAUGACAGGAGAUAACUUAGCCUACCAGUCUGGGCGUCUAGCCCUGCCCAAGCAUCAUAACUUCCAUCGAGAUCUGAUUCCAUAUCCUGAACUCAUGCAAUGGCUUAAGAAGGCAGACUACACAAGCUUUAAGCUUCUCUCAAGGAAUUACACCAAAUCCCUGCAUAAACUCUACAGCCAUGAAAUCAGUGAGUUCUUUGAGCAUGCCAAGCAGGCAUUGAUCAGUAAGACUAAGAGCACACUGGAUCCUAAGAAAUUUGGCUUUGGUGGGCGGGGUCAACUCCAGGGAUCAACUGGUGACCUCUCCAAGUCAGGGUCAAAGAGCAAAGGUCAAGAGUUUCAUGGGUCGGAGGCUGAGUUGACAGACAGGCAGCGGUUUGAUAUGGUCUUCACCCAGGUACUGAAUGAAGUUGCACCCAUGUGCCAGGCGGAGCAGGAUUUCUGUGCCAAGUUCUUUGGUCUUGGGUCAGACACAGACUAUGUGCAGAGCGCUUCAAGCUCACGUCACGCAGAGCAUGGCAGUAACCCAGGCGGAAAGGAUUUUGUGAUGGAGGAAUUGAUGGGAACUAUUGAUUCUACACCGGGAAAACAAAAGAAAGAGGACAAGAAGGCAACCAUUCUUCCUAACAAUGAAAUGAGGGAAGUGAUGGCAGAUCUUUUCCAAACCUUGGAACCAGAGCUCAAGAACUUCAUUGCGUUUGCUGAAAGAGUGGACAACUUUUUUUCAGUGUACAUGCUCGUACGCAUUGGCUACCAAGUCAUGGCAUCCCCUAACAAACAAUCCAGCUCCUACCUAAGGAUGGUCCUGGCUAACUGUCUCAUUGAAGUCAAGAGGAACUUUGAUAAAUACAUCGAUGGCAUUGUAACAUCAAUAAGAGAAACGAAGAUGUCAAGGAAGAGCAAGUGCGGAAUCCUGCCAUUCGUCAAGGAAUUUGAGUGGUUUGCUGAGCAAGCAGAGACCGUCUUCAAAGGAUCAGAUCGUCGUGGUGAUCUGGACAAAGCCUACUCUAAGUUGAUCCAGGCCCAGUUCAGUGCCAUCCACAAGAUUGCCUUAGAUCACCAGAAAACACCCAGUGAUGUCGUCAUCUUUGAAAACUUCCAUCAUUUACAUGGAACCCUUUCACGAUUGAAGAUCACUUGCCUAGAGGCAGAACGCAAAGAAGCCAAACAGAAGUACAAUGAUCAUCUACAGGCAUAUAUCAGAGUGUCGCUAGGAAGGCCUAUGGAUAAACUCAAUCAAUUCUUUGAAGGUAUCCAGGUGCUGGUAUCACAGGGAGUUAAGGAAGAGGAGGUCGGGUACCAGAUGGCAUUCAACAAGCAGGAGCUACGCAAAGUCAUCAGGGAAUACCCUGGGAAAGAGGUGAGGCGAGGACUUGACAACCUGUACAGAAAGAUGGAGAAGACAUUGUGUGAAGAAGAAAACCUGAUGCAGGUGUCCUGGCAUUUGAUGCAGGAGGAGUUUAUCCGUCAGUACAAACACUUUGAAGAUUUGAUCAAUCGUUGCUACCCCGGGGCCAAUGUCACCUUGGAAUUCAAAGUGGAGGAUGUACUUCAGUUCUUCUCAGAAAUCGCUCAAUCACAUUGAGAAACAUCAGCAUCAAACACAGGGAUUCUCUCCAAUGAUGUGAGGUAUGUUAGUUGAAGAAGAAACAUGUGGAUGGGAAGCUUAUACCAAUAGACAAUUUGGCAAAUAUCUGCAGUUUGAUUUUAUUAUUUUUUUAUUGUUUUCUUCAAAAUGCCAGAACAAAUAAUUUCACAGGGAAUUUAUUGCCAUUACUAUCUUUAAAUCAAGUAAUAUGCUUUUCAUCAAUAAUUUUGUCAGUUACUUUUUGGACAGCUGAAAAUGAUAUACCCUGCCUUUAACUAUAUGUGAUCACUAAGCCAUAUGGAUGUAGCAUAUCAUGUCCACUGAUUGCACAGUAUCUGCAGAGUUUGUUUUUCUACCAGAUGUGACAGCAAAGGAGGUCACUGUGAGUGUCAUAGUACAAACGUUUGGCAUAGUCAUUUCAGCAAAGAUUGUGAGGAAAUUUGGCCCUGCGUCAAGAAAUAAAUUCGGCUGCAAAAUCAGCAAUGAUCGACCAGAAUUUUCUCUGAAUGUUCACCUAAGUUUUGUGCAGUAAACACUUUAGCAAAAAUGCGUGUAGAGAGUAUAAAAAUUGUACAUUUGUUGUAUAUUAUUCAAGAAUGAAAGUUCAAAUUAUAUUGUUAUGUUAUGUUACUUUGUAUAAAUUGUAUUUCUUUUAAUAUUUAGUAGCGUUUCUACUAAAUAUGCUUUACAUUUUUGGUUCAGUUUUUAAGCAACUCAAAACCUAAAUAAACUUGUUUUGUUUUAUUUGAUUUGAUUGUGUUUUAUGUUGUCACAAUCAUUAUUGCGCUUGAGUAACUCUAUCUUUGUCCUAAAAGAGGAUGCAUUACAUAAUACUUUGUAUACAUAGUGCUACAAAAAUAACUUAAUUAAAAGACCAAUAAUGGAGGAAAAAACUUACCAAAUAAUUGACAAAAUUGUUUUGUGGUGUAAAUGUUGGUAUAUAAGUGACAAACACCUUGUACUUUGUGUUGUGUUUUUAGUAUGUCAUAAUUUUGAAGGAAAAAAUAAAUAGUGUGUCACUAAAAUGUUCAGUUCCCAACUUCAUGUGCAUUGUAUCCCAUCGUCGAUGGAGUGUUGAAAAUUAAAAAUAAAUGGAACUUAGAGAUUACUUUUACCCAAAAAAAAGUAAUGGCGAAUAAAAAUCGCUCUAAAACUGAUGGCGUCAAAAUAAUGAAAGCAGAAUUUGAACUUUUCAGUAUGUCUUUCACGAGUAGUAUAUUGUACAGAAGAUUGUGCAGUUAGUCUAACCUAAUGAUGAAAUCGGACUCUUAUCAUCAUUAUUAUCAUAUCGUCAUUGGCUAAAUCAUUGUCCUUCCUCGCACGUUUCUACCGCUCCUGCAUUUCUGCUGACCAAACAAAUAUCCGGCUACCUUUCUCAUAACACCUCAUCUCACUGUAAACGGUAAAUAGAGGUGUCUUGGUUGCCAUGGUGACGUUCUCCAUGGCACUUAUCGCGGGAGGCGAUCACAUCACUUCAGAUAUUUUGUCAAAACAACAAAUCCAGAGGGAUUUCACGUGCAUUUAUGUCCAGCGUAAAAUUGAUCUAUUUGUGAACUACAUUCAAAUUUGUCCAGAUUUGUUUGUUAUUUUUGUUGAGCUUAAACUAAUUAAAUAAUAAUGAUGGAUCUUGCCAAA